AUGCCUGAUGAAAUGCCACUUGAGAUAAAGCAUGCCUCUAAUUUCCCUGAGACCAAACUCCAGAGUGGGAAAAGUCUCAGUCAGAACGAUAAGAAGCACACUUGUCAGCAGUCUUUUGAGCACAGUGGGGAAGAAAAAACUUGGAAGAAGAGAUUCCUUAAGUGUGAGAAGGUUUAUACCAACGACCUAUGUAAUAAGCAACAUAUGAAUGUGGGAGAAACCAUUCAGGUUAAAAAGCAAAUGUUCCAUAACAGUCCUAACUAUGACAGUCAUCAGCAAACACAAUCAGGAGAGAAACCCCGUGAACAUUUCCAGAGUGAGAAGUCUCUGAUUUAUAAAAGAGAGGCCAAAGUCAAUCAGAUAACCCAAACAGCAAGAAGUCAGGAUAUAUGUGAUUAUUGUAAGAAACCUUUUAACUGUGAAUCUCGCAUUACAAGGAACCAGAGAACUGACACAGGAGAAAAUUUCUAUACGUGUAAUGAAUGCAAAGAAAACAUUGACCAGAAGUCAGAACUCUUGGGAGGUCGGAUCCUUGACACUGCAGAGAAGCCGAAUGAAUGUAGUGACCCUGGAAAAGCCCUUCACCAGCAAUUAUCUGUCAUUGGGUAUCAGAGAAUUCACACAGGGGAAAAAUGUUAUGAAUGUGGUGAGUGUGGACACGCAUUUUCUCAGAAGUCAUACCUAAUGAAUCAUCAGAGAAUCCACACAGGAGAAAAACCUUAUGAAUGUAGCCAGUGUAAUAGAGCCUUUACUGAUCACUCAGGUCUCAGUAGACAUCAGAAAAUCCACUCCGGGAAAAAGCCUUAUGAAUGUAGCCAGUGUGGAAAAACUUUUUCUCAGAAGUCACACAUGAUCCUACAUGAGAGAAUCCACACAGGGGAAAGGCCUUAUGAAUGUACUGAGUGUGGGAAAGCUUUUUCUCAGCACUCACACCUGAUUAGACAUCAGAGAAUCCACACAGGAGAAAAACCUUAUGAAUGUAGUCAGUGUGGUAGAGCCUUUACUGAUCACUCAGAACUCAUUAGACAUCAGAGAAUCCACACAGGGGAAAAGCCUUAUGAAUGUAGUCAGUGUUUAAAGGCCUAUACCACAAAAUCAACUCUAAUUAUACAUCAGAGAAUCCACACAGUGGGAUGUUUGGAAUGUAACCAAUGUGGAAAAACCUUUACCAACCAGAAAAGUCUCAUUACACAUCAGAGAAUCCACACAGGAGAAAAGCCUCAUGAAUGUAGUGAGUGUGGAAAAGCUUUUUCUCGGGACUCUCAUUUCAUAACACAUGUGAGAAUUCACACAGGGGGGAAACCAUAUGAAUGUAGUGAGUGUGGAAAAGCUUUUCGUUACAAGUCAUACCUAAACCUACAUCAGAGAUGCCACACUGGAGAAAAACCUUAUGAAUGUAGUGUGUGUGGAAAAGCAUUUAAGCGGAAGUCACACCUAAUUCUACAUCAGAGAUUCCACACAGGGGAAAAACCUUAUGAAUGUAGUAAGUGUGGAAAAGCUUUUUCUAACAAGUCACACCUCAAUAGACAUCAGAUAGUACACACUGAGGAAAAGCCUUAUGAAUGUAAUGACUGUGGAAAAGCAUUUAAGCAGAAGUCAUCCCUAAUCACACAUCAGAUAAACCACACAGGGAAGAAGCCUUAUGAAUGUACUGAGUGUGGAAAAGCAUUUAAACUUAACUCAUUUCUAAUCACACAUCAGAGAAUUCACACUGGGGAAAGGCCAUACGAAUGCAGUGAGUGUCAAAAGGCUUUUCAUCGCAAGUCAUCCCUAGUUGUGCAUCAGAGAAUCCACACAGGGGAAAAACCAUAUGGAUGUAGUAAGUGUGCAAAAGCUUUUUCUCAGAAGUCACAUGUAAUUAUACAUCAGAGAGCCCACAUAGGAGGAAAACCUUAUGAAUGUAGUGAGUGUGGAAAAACAUUUAAGUGGAAGUCAUACUUAAUCAUGCAUCAGAGAAUCCACACAGGGGUAAAACCUUAUGAACGUAGCCAGUAUGGAAAAGCUUUUUCUCAGAAGUCAAACUUAUUCCUGCAUCAGAGAGUCCACACAGCGGGAAAAGUGUAUGAAUGUAGCGAGUGUGGAAAGACAUUUAAGAUGAAGUCAUCCUUAAUUGUGCAUCAGAGAACGCACACUGGGGAAAAACCUUAUGAAUGUAGUGAGUGUGGAAAAACGUUUAAGCUGAAGUCAUAUCUAAUUAUACAUCAGAGAAUCCACACAGGGGUAAAACCUUAUGAAUGUAGUGAGUGUGGAAAAGCUUUUCAUUGCAAGUCUACCCUAAACAUACAUCAGAGAACCCACACUGGGGAAAAACCUUAUGAAUGUAAUGUGUGUGGAAAAGCUUUUUCUCAGAAGCAACACCUCAUUAAGCAUCAGAGAAUCCACACAGGUAUUAAACCUUAUGAAUGUAGUGAGUGUGGAAAAGCUUUCUCUCGGAAGUCACACCUCAUUACACAUCAGAGAAUCCACACAGGGCAAGAACAAUAUGAGUGUCCUGUUGAGGGAAAAUCUUUUUGCAGGCAGUCAGAUUUCAUUACACAUCCAAAUUCACAAGGGUAA